AUGAAGGGAGACAGAAACGGUACCGGUGAAUCUCAGGACGCAGGGAUCGGAUCCCGUUAUGCAGCACAACGCUCAAUGAUUUUCUCGUCAGGCCCCAUAGCCGCCAUCAUGCUCGCCGGAAAGACCGGCGCCGGCAAGAGCAGCCUCAUCAAGCUGCUUGGUGGCCGCGACGCCGAGGGAAACGAGCCAGUUUCCGAUGGCGGGCUCGAAUCCUGCACGAAGAAAACCACAACCUACAUAACCAAGCACAACGGCCGCACCGUGCUGCUCCUCGACACGCCGGGCUUUGACGACUCGGCCGUCGACAAUCUCGUGAUUCUCAACGACAUCGUGUCGAACCUCUACAUGUGGGCGCUGCAGGACAAGGAUGUACACACGCAUGGCGUGCUCUUCCUUCACGACAUCAGCGAGACGCGCUUCGGCGGCAGCCAGCAGAAGACGCUGCAGCUACUCAAAAGUAUGUGCGGGCCGGAGGCGAUGGGGAAUGUCAUCAUCGGGACGACAAUGUGGUUCGAUAAGGGGGCGAAGUACGAGAGCCAGGUGAAAAGGGAGAGCGAAUUCCUAAUGAAAUAUUGGGAGGGCAUCCACAAGACGGUCAGAGUGCCAGAGGGUGAUGAGGAGGUGGCGAACGCGAUUAUAGGGGACUUGUUGGCGAGGCCACCGACAAAGUUGUUGGUGCAGACAGAGCUGCUGAGGCCGCCACAUACGUGUGAGGCGACGACGGUGGGGAGGAUUGCGAUACCCGAGGGGAAGCGGGAGGCUGAGAGGUUGGCGAAGGAGAUGGAGGAGCAGAAGGAGGAGUUUGUGAGAAUUGAGAAGGAAAAGGAGAGGGAGAGGGAGAAGGAGAGACAAGAGGAACACAGGAGGUAUUUGGAGGAACAAGAGAGAAAUAGGAAGGAAAUGGUGGAGGAGCAGGAGAGAAAUAGGAGGGAAAUUGAGGAGCGUCUUAUGGAAGAGCAAAAAAAAAACGCUAAAGAGCAAAAAGAGAGAGAGGAGGCGCAACAGAAACACCUUAAGGAGCUCGAACAGAAACAAAAGAAGGAAAUGGAGGACCGCCUUAAGGAAGAGCAAAAAAAAAACGCUAAAGAGCAAAAAGAGAGAGAGGAGGCGCAACAGAAACACCUUAAGGAGCUCGAACAGAAACAAAAGAAGGAAAUGGAGGACCGCCUUAAGGAAGAGCAAAAAAAAAACGCUAAAGAGCAGAAAGAGAGAGAGGAGGCGCAACGGAAAAAACUUGAGGAGCUCGCAGAGAAGCAAAGGAAGGAAAUGGAGGAGUACGCAGAGAAGCAAAGGAAGAAAAUGGAGGAUUUCGAAAGGGAGCAGGAGAAAGAAAGAAAAAGGGUGGAGAAAGAAAGAGCUGAUGCGAUAAGGAGAAAAGAGGAGGAGAUUGCAGAGAUACAAAGAAAGGCCGAUGAAGCGGUAAAGAAUGCCCAGAAUGAGAGCUCAGGGUGGUGGUGCUCAAUUAUGUAA